CAUUUGGUUUUCAGCUACCAACUAAUGGAGGAUGAAGGCUAUAUGGCCGUCAUCUGUGCCAUCCUCUAUGACACCGAAGACGAUGAAAAAGAGAAAGCAAGACGUGCCGAGUUACUUGAACAUUUACGCGAGGCGCAUGCUAUAACCACACAGAAACAUGAACAACUCUUAGCACAAUGCCUGCAUAUGCUACGUUAUCACCUUGAGGUUAUUGCUCAUCUGCCGCCCACUGAGACUAUGGUUCUUUACUUAUUCAGUGAAGAAGUAUGCAAACAAUAUGUGGCCAACACUGAAGAAAUCUAUAAAUUUGAAGUUGGAGACCAUUCAAACUUCAAAUUAAAGUUUGCCAUUGCACGCUUCAAUGGCAAAAGUCACAAGACAAUUGUGCGAUCGGGAUCAAUCAUCAAACGUCUGAUGCAAAUUGAUCGAAGAGAGGACGAGUGCAUUCAAAUUUCGCAGCUUCCAAUUGGCAAUUUGGUGAAGAAGACAAUAUCAUUGAAAGGUCGUCAAUAUGCUGUAGAACUGAAGCUUUUGAAAACUAUCGACCAUGAAAGCAUGCCAGUGCUCAAUUUUCACGAUUUGUUGGAGCUCACAAGAGCGCUGCACGAGUAUGAUGCAGAAAUAAUGGAGGGCGGUUACUCGGGAGAACUCUCGGACCGAUCCUUUGCACUACUGCAUCGCUCCGCGCAGUUCUCGAACAUUCCACCAGAAGUGAUAAAAAUCGCAACGCUUUCAACUUUCCUUGUGUGGGACACAUCCAAAGCGAUUCUGGAUCAUGAUUCAAUUCCACGACUCAUAAAACAGCUAAAAGAGCAACAAAAAGUCAAGAAAAGCAUAAUAUUGGACACGGCGCUGGCUCAUUUAGCAGAAUGCGUUAUCGCUGAACUACAUGAAAUAUUGAAUCAGCACGAUGACAAACAACUAUUUCCACCAGAAGGUUAUAGUAUCCUCAAAUCUUUGAACGAUUCACUGAAAACAGUGGUAGAAAUAUGUGUCUUGCCGAUCUGGGACUUAUCUACCUCCGAUCCAACAUCAGUUCUUACUCGAGAACUGAGGCAACUGGUGAAAAAUAGCGCGGAAAGAUGGGCAGAGCAGGAAUUUUCAAGUGACAAUGAAGGAGAAAAGGACGUAUGCAAGAAAAUUCAUACUAUGUGGGAACUGUUACACAAUCAUCAAAGCUACAGUCUCUUCUUCUCACAAUUCAACAUCAACUACGUUGGGGUUGUGCUCGAAACUGUAGACGAGCGGAUCGAGACAUUCACGAAGGAUUAUCUAAGCAAAUGGCUCUCUGCAUUGGACUCACGCCAAGGUGAAGAGUUGGAAAAGUUCACAAAAUACACGAUGCGUUUGUAUGAUACCCUUCAUUUGUUGACAGUGUUUGGAAAGAGAAAUAAGGUGGAAAUCUUACGAGUAUAUGAUUUUGAAGAGUGGUUCUCAAAUAGCACUGUAUUCUGGACAUAUUCUUGGCGGGAUAUCAGCUUGAAGAUGGUCGCUCGAACUAUCUCGCUGAAUAACGACGGUGAUGAAACGAAGUAUGAACAUCACCGGCCCUUACCCGGGGGUCUAUAUUCAUUUCUCUGCAUACAGAAAGGCCUUUCCGAUGACUAUACUAUGCUGGCAUUUCGACGACCAGAAAACCUGCUCAUGGGCUCGAUAGCACUUGUACAUAUUUACGCUGAGAACAUCUAUGCUUACGCAAAAAAACUACAUGCCGAUGCCCUAUCGAGCGAUUGCGAUACGGACUCACGCAUUAUGCGAGCAGUGAAUGGCAUUGAACAAGCGCUUUUGUUCAUAUCAGAGCGAUGGCGAAGAUUUGUGAAUUUCGAUCGGCUGGCUGCAGUGCUUUCGGAAAACGAAACAGAAGCUAUCAGCACAUCUUGCUUGAACGUGCUCGAAAGUACAAGAAAGCGCUGUGAGCAAAUCAUGUACGCACUACUACGAGUGCAUAGUAGAACAAAACGAGAGGAUAUACUCAAAAUAGCAAAAAGUAUCACUGUAGAUAGCCAUGAGCAGAGCAAGACCUUGGCCAUGUAUAUGCGUGAAAUCUCACCAGCCGAGCGAAUUCAUGCAGUUCUGGAUAACGUAGACCGACUGGCAAGUGAUGUAAAAGGAGAAUUUUUGCAUAGAUGCGCACAAAUUUCGUUGGAGAUUCUACAUAAUCGGUUAGAGAAACAAGUUUCACGACAGCUGAAACGUUGUCACAGUCCUGAUUAUUAUUCUGAAGUUUAUAUUGUGAUGAAGGCAAUUCACACUAUACUCGAUAUACCUCCGGAAACUUCAAACUUGACGUCAUUGCUUCAUCUGUAUAGCUUUACCACAAAUGAGCUUAUUCUUUCCUACUACGCUAAAGUGGUAGAAGGAGUGCAUAUGAAGAAAGAUGAUGAAGUUCCUCAUAUCAGUAUACAGAUUGGAUACAUGCCAACUAGUGGGGAAAAUGCAUUGAUCUUGCUUAACGUUGUGAGCCUCGACGGUUUACCGGAGCUCAAUACAUUCCGUAAUCGGAUCGAACCAUUUGUAAGGAUCGAACUGCUUCCAAUCAGUCUGUAUCCUCCUCCUUGUUUUCCGCUUUACAAAACAAGUACGCUAUCACAUUGCGAGGAAUCGACAUGGAAUCAAACCUUCCAAUUUCUCGUUCCUCAGCAAUUAUUCUACACUUAUGGAUCUUCGCUAUGUAUUUCAGUUAUGGAUCACGACAGGAUAUGCGAUCAACUUAUCGGUCGUACUUUCCUCGCCACAAAUCAACUGCCGCGAAUUGAAACCUUAUCAGUCAGCAAACUUCCUGAUGCACAACAACUUCCACUGGUUCAACCUAGUGAUAUACACCAUCAACCCUACUAUAAGCUGCUCAAAGAGCGCAGUGCAUACGACAAGACAGCUAAAGCCUUUCUUAGACGAGAGAAAGUAGCUAAAGAGAUGUACCUCAAAUGCAUAACAAGGAGACUGUCUACGAGGUUCAGGAGUACCAAAAAGUCAAGCUCAUGAGACAUGAAUCUCAAUGCAUGAAAAGUAUGCUGUAUCGGCAUUGUGAACUUAACGCGGGUU